UAGUUUUAGUUUUAAAGAAUACUUAUUUGCUCUCCGCGAUUCCCCGGUAACCGAAAUUGCGAAUAAAAUUUCGACCGGUAUUUUUUUUUUCAUUUUUAUUUAUUAACCUCCAAUAAAGACAAUAAAGACACCUGAGUUUGAAAGAGCGUUUUAAAAAACAUUUUACAUGGUGUAAAUUUUAACAAAAUAUAUAUCUUUUAUACUUUUUAUAGUAAAAUCAACUAUUGCAGGUCAAAACGCCUUUUAACAAUCAGGUAACAUACAAUACAUACAGAUUUGAAAGUAAAUGACUACAGCCCUCACAACCCUUCUCACUGCGAUGAUAUUCACUUAAACCGAUGCCUGCUAUCAGUUCUACCAGAAACACAUCCCUUCCUGCUCAUCCUAUUUACUUUCAAGCCACUUGAAUGUCAUGGAGACCUGUUCGUUUGACUAUUUGCACGGCUGUGUAGAUGUUGAUACACUGAUACAGGAAGAAACCGUUAACAUCUCCCUCCGUCAUCAUCCUACGCUGCACUCACUUGUCCUUUGUCACUUUUGUAUUUGAUGACGAACUCACUGUGUGGCGUGCACUAAGAGUAUUUCUAUACUCAUACAAAUAAAAUCGGAACUACAUUAAUCGCGGAUGAAUUUUACCCGCUCUUUCACAAAUGUAAGCUGGGAUUUUUUCGAACAAGGAAGUGAAUACUUGUGGAGUAGGACGCGCGUGUUACUGCAAACUAGUUUCAACAUUAGCUGUGUGUCAUACCAUGUGAAACGGUCUGUCUUCAGUCAAAAGAUUAGAAAUAUUUGUCUGUGUUGUUUACCCGAAGCUCUUUUUUCACGCUUCCUACAAAAAAGUCGUUUGAUAUUCAAAAGGGCAACAGGAAAUCAUGGAGCUGACACUGUUGAUUAUGUGCGGCGUUGCCCUACUUGCUGGGAAAUGUUAUUCGGAUGUCACUAUCCGGCAGUGUCCCGAUGAGCAGAUAUACGUGACUGAAUACAGUAAUGUCAGGUUAACCUGCGGUCCGUGCCUGAAUAUAAUAGAGUGGUAUGUUGAUGACAACUGCGGUGAAGAAAAGAAAUACAUAGGUGAAUGCAUUGGAAUAAUCUGCAACGUCGACAAUUCAGCUGGUUUUCGCUUCAAACUAAGUACGACAAACAUACUGGGCUUCAAAAGUGUACUUGACAUUAUACACUUCACAGGAAAUAAUACAAGGUUCGUCUGUGAAUGUUACAACUACUUCUCCAACAUCUUUCCACCUCGUCGCGGCUAUAAUUUUCAAAGUAGUGAUUCAUGCAAACUGCUGAUAAAAGUGCCUCCAGGGAGUCCUCAGCUUCAAUGUCCACAAACUAUUCUUGAGGGAUCCAAUGUCAGCUGCACAUGCACAUCUGCCAACAAAGGAAGUCCACCUGCACAAUUUGUUUGGGAUGGAACCAAUACCGAUACCUUACUUCUGCAAGAUGUUAGGAGAGAACUAAAUGCCAUGAACUAUACAUGUCGACAGAUGUGGGGUCGUAAUGGAUUAAUCAACAGAACAACUGUUUACAGCUUACAAGUAAUUGAAAAGAAACAACCGCCAUCGGAACACAAGACAGGAGCAAUAGUUGGCGGUGUUUUUGGUGCGGUAGUUGCUGUUGCUAUCGUCGGAACUAUUGUAACUGUCUACAUAGUUAAACGACGAAAAGGAUUUUUUUGCAAUGGAAAGACAAACCUUAGACUGCCGCCUUGUCCAAGUAACUUCUGCCAUCGAGCGAAGCCAAUAUCUCAAUCCUAUGAAGUCACCAUGAGCUCACAGACUCCAGUUCUACACUAUGUGGCUCAUUCUGGAGACAUCUACACCACUGCUAGCACAACGACAUCUGGUGAUGUCAAUGGAGAAUAUGUAACAGUGAGCGAAAUAACAGAGAACACCACGUCUGAGAGACAAAUGGAUGACAACCUCCAGACGAAUAAAAAUGUUCCUGAUAUGACCAAAACGAAGAUAACAAUGAAGCCAACAGUCAGGUCAAAAGCAACAACAGGAGAAGCGAGGAAUUUUAGUGAUUUACCAGGCAGUGAGUAUAUGAAUGUCACUGAAGUGCCGACAGAUUCUGGAUUGGGUGUGUACCACAUAGUUCCCUGGGCUGUGGUCCCUGCACAACCUCAUCCUGACACUGGGGAGAAUUAUAAAGCAGAAGAGGAAUAUAAUGUCCUUAAGUAUGGAGAGAACCGUACUGAACAAGAGGACCAAGGAGAUACCUACCAUCACCUUGAACACAACUAACAUCUGCAUUUUUCAGAGGCAUUGUAAAAAAAAGAUAACUAAAACAUUUAAUUAUAUAAUGUCAGGAUGCUUUCAUUAGCCUACAGAAUGUUGGCAGAAGUUAGAAGCUUAACAUUUUGUUGCCAUUUGUUACCUAUGUUUGCCCUCAAAGGAAGACAUGUGUAUAAACAUAUAUCGAAUUUGUUAUCCCGCCGUUAUUAUUUUGCGAAUAUUUAAGCCCUGCAGAGUUUUGUUCUUAACAGAAGUGAUUAAGAAAGUCUUAAUUUGAACGAAAUUAAUUCAGUCACUCUCAUCCGACAAUUAUGGAUGAGCUUAAAAGUAAGCACAGCCUGCAGAACAUAAAAAUAAUGAUGAUGAAUUAAAUAAUAGUUGCCGGAUCCUCAUAUAAGCACAGAAGUUAAUAUUUGUCGGUUGAUCUUUCUUUAGGCAGUCAGCUCUAACUUAUUUCAUCAAACCAAAUCAUCUGACAAAGUAAUAGUGAGAGAAUUGUUUUUGCAUAUUUUUGUCAGUUAAUACUGCAGACAUUUGCGACCUACAGACAAAAUUUAUAUUAACUAUUAUUCGGUGUUGUAAUAAAUAUGUAUACCUGUGCAUUAUAAAUCUUAAGUAUUUUUUUAAAUACCCAGGUUCUUAUUUCUCUCGUGAUCUAACAUAAAAAAUUAACUGUUUAACUUUAUUGUGCAUGUGUAUGUUAAUCUUUACAGUGACAUAUAAAUCAUUGUCACUGUCCGACUCCUUCAGCCAAGUCUCGGUGAAAGCAAAUAAAUUAUCUUUGUCA